AUGGAGGGCAUGAUUCAGGUUAUCGAUAAGCCCUGCAGCCGGUACCUGGCUCUACUUGGCCACCAGGCCGUGCGUCUGGCCGUGGCGCCCUGCAUUUGUACCUACAGGUACCCGACUGCUGGUCUUGGUCUUGGUCCCUCCCAGCCGCCUGCUGUUGUCUUGGAUUUCCAUGCCAAUCAGCAUGGCUCGUCUUGA